AUGAAUCCUUAAUAAGGAAAAAAACAAGACAAUAUAAAGCAACAAUUUAAUAUUUCAGAAUUCAUAUUAGAAAAACUUUUAAAUGAUUUUGGUUAGAAAUCUAUUGAUAGAAGAGUAUUUAAUAAAUUUAAUAAAGUUAAUCACUUGUUAUGUAAAUGAUUAUAAAUCUAAAUAUUCAUCAUAUAAUGAAUAGGGUGUAAGAUAAUUAAAAAUAGAUGUCAAAUCAGCAAUUUCUAAAUCUAUCUCUGAAAAAGAACAGAUAUUAACAAACCUUAUGAAUUAAUCUAAUUAAUAAUAGUUACAAAAUAAUUAACAAUCAAAUUCAUAUAGUUAGAAAAGAAAUAGAAAUCAAAAAGCUAACACUUAAACUCAAGAAAAGCCAUAUUAAAAAAUAAAUAAGGUUGCUUAAGAUAUAAAUAGACAAGAUUCUGUACCUUCAAGAUAGAAAUCAAUUUAUGAAUUAGAUGAUGAAAACCAAGAUGAAUGGGCUGCUAUUAUAAAAUAUGAUACAGCUAUGUAUUUAAAAGAAUAAAUAGAAAUAAAAAAGAAAUAAUAACUUAUGAGAUAAAAAUUAAAAGAAGAUUUGGAUAAGUAAUUAAAAGAAAAAGAAUAAUAAAAAAAAUAAGAUGAAUAAAAAGAAGCUUAAUUUGUAUAAUUAAAUUAAUAAAGGAAAAUUGAAUUUGAGUAAAUAGAAAAAUUAAAAAAAGAAUCUUUAAAACUAAAAUAAUAUUAAGAGAAAAAGUUAAGAGAUGAACAAGUUUAUAAUGAAAAAAUGAGAAAGUAAUACUCUAUAUAAGUUAAUUUUAGGCAAGAAAUUCAGAGAUAAUCAAAACUAUAAGAAGAUGAAAUUUUGUAAUAAUUAAAAAAUGAUAUCAAUAAAGAAUCUUUGUAAAUUAAUAAAAAAAGAUAAGAAUAAAAAGAAAAAAUUUAAUUAAUGCUUAAAGAAAAUGAAUUACUAAGAUAAAAGGUAAAUAUCAUAAUAAUUUUAAGGCUUAAGAUGAAUUGAAAUAAUAAAGAGAUCUUGAAUUAAAAUUACAAUAAAUAGAGUUGCAGAAAUAAAUUUUAGAGGAUGAAAAAAGAGAAAAUCAAAAAAAAGAAAGAGAAGAGAAGAUUAAAUAAUUUAUGAAUAAUUAUAGCUUUUAGGUUCUCAGUAAAUAAUAAGAGUAAGAAGAAAGUGAAGAAAAAUAUUUAUUAGAAUAAUUAAAAUAAUAAGAAGAAAUAGAAAAAUAAAAAAUUAUUGAAAAAAAAUAAAAAGAUAAAGAAAAAAUAGAACAAAUAAAAUAAUAAUUAUAAUUGUAAAUACAAUAAAAGUAGAAAAAAAAAUUAUCAGAAGAAGAAGAACAAAAGAUUUAAUUUCUUGAAUAAUAACUUGAAUUAAUUAAUUUUUCAUAGAAAUAGCAAGAAAAAUAAGAAGUAAUUAUUAUAAUUGAAAUAAAUAAUAGUAAAUUAAAAAAUUUCGUAAAUAGAACUAAGAUGAUAUUAAGAAAUAAAUAGAAGAGACAAGGAAUAAAAGUUUGCAUGAAAAGAUGUCAAGGUUAGAAUUACUUUAAAAUAAAAGUUUGCUCAAAAACAUUGCAAAUGAUUAAGAAAUAAAAACAAAGUUUAGGAAAGUAAAUGUUUCUUUAAAAUGA